CUCCUGGCCCUGAGUAACCUACACCCACCCCUACCCGCUUAUGGGUGGAGGUUCAAGGUCCGUGAAACCUACUACCAGGCCAGCAAACAAGUCACCCAGCAGGUAGAAUCUCAGGACUGCCCUCUGGUCAGAUUUCAGACGGAGAUCCUGAUGACUGUUGACCUCCGGUCAGUGUCCAUUGGUGGCCGACCCUAUGUCUGUUUUGCUUACGACCAGCGGAACCCAGACGAGUCUUUGCUGGUUGCUGUUCCAUUCACAACUCCUCCAAGAACCCAGGGGCAAGGUGAAUGUCAGCCUUCUGUGGCUGGCAUUCCCCUUUGGGAACCCGAAACUCCAGAGCCCAACCUGCCCCCACGGAUAUGCUACCAGACCAGUAAUCCGGUAACUGGGGGACAAGUCACUUGGAACUGUACCCCAAACCACAUCACAGCCAGUCUCACCAAGGCCAGCCUGGGUACCUUCUUUUGGUGCAAUGGAACCUUAAGCAACUGCAUAAACUCCUCUGACCUCGGGCCUUGCUUUGUGGUCACUGUAGUUCCCCAACUAACCUUGUAUUGAGAGUCAGAGCUCGCCUGGCUGCUCCCUUCAUCCUGCCCCCGGGCCCGCCGGGCCG